UGGAAGUAGAUGUUUCAUUGGAAACAUGGCGGAACAUCGUUCUGCAUCGUUCUGCUGUAGUGCGGUGAAAUUUUGUGUACAAUAAACGAUUAGAAUCCGACGCGUUGUGUGGUGGAACGUGACUGAAAGUCAUGACUUCGAUUCACUUUGUCGUACAUCCUUUACCGGGAACGGACGACCAACUUAAUGACAGGUUGAGGGAGGUAGCGGAUAAAAUAAACCGAUAUGGAUUUGUAACACCAUCAGCUUUCAAUGGUCUAAAAGUAUCUAUAAAGCGUGUUGUGGUUGGACCAACUCAUAUCGCUCUUCUUACAGAAGACAAUAGAAUAUGUAGAGUUGCAUUUACAGUGCUAUCCGAUAGAUUGGACUUGAGUAAAAAUGAACCUAAUAGAAAUACAAAUAAAAGUCAUGUUGGAAAUUCCAAUUCCACCCCGAACGGGAAUGGAAGUAGCGGUAGUGGCAGCAGAACUGGAAUGUCUCGCUCACGUGCGCGAAUUAUGCGUAGCAGCUCUGCAAUUCGCGGUGGUAGCAGCGGAGGUGGCAGUGGUAGCGGUGGUCGCAUAGGACCACCAGGAGUGAUCAUGGGAGGAGGAAGUGGUAGCAGUUCGCGUCCAAUCGCAUCUGUACCGGCACCGUUUGUUCCUGAAGAUCUUAUAUCGCAAGCACAAGUAGUAUUGCAAGGGAAAAGUCGUAAUUUGAUUAUCAGAGAGUUACAGCGUACAAAUUUAGAUGUAAACUUAGCAGUAAACAAUCUGUUGUCAAGAGAGGACGAAGAAGGUGAUGAUGCGGAAGAUGCAGCUGACAGUUAUGUUCCCGAAGAUCUUAUAUCAUUAUUAGACGGUGGCUUUAGCAACGAGCAUUCCGUUAUAAUUGAUGCUGAUUCCAUGUUUUCAGAAGAUAUGUUUGGAUACACUGGAAUAAGACAAAAAUUGUAUUUCUACAGUCGCGGAAGCUCUUCGCGCCGCUUAGGUAACGAUAGGGAAGGUGAACGUUCAUCUCAUGAAAGAGACCGAGAACGCGAUAAUUUUAGCAGAUGGCGAGAGCGUCAAUAUUACGGACCACGUCGCUGGUUGGAAACUGCUCUCAAAGAUUCAUGGGAGAAGGAUUCAGUCUGUGAUAUUUCAGAUAAUAAAAAGAAGGAACUAGCUUCUCAGAGUCCAUUAUGGAUAUCCGAUGAGUUGGAGUGGUGGCACGAUCGCAGUGGCGAUCCAGUAACCCGUUUCGUGCAGAUCGUUUCGCUCUACAGCGAGUUAAUUGCCGUUUCCACAACGGGACAAUUGUACCAAUGGAAAUGGACAGAAACUGAACCUUAUAAGAAUCCAGAGAAUCCGACCGUGCAUCAUCCAAAAACUAUACCCCUGGCAUUGACAUCCGAAAAAAUAGUCAAUAUAUCCGCUACGGCAAUCCGAUGUUCCGUUAGUACUGAGAGCGGGAAAGUAGCAACUUGGCUUGAUGAGCUUUUGUCACAUGUUGCUUCUCGUCUCGAACAUCCGGCGCAAGCUUUCACUGAAUUUACGCUCGAUAAAAUCGUGUCACUUCACACGUGCGCUCUGUACACUGUCGCGAGACUCGAAAGUGGAACAUUGUAUUGGUGGGGUGUUCUACCAUUUGUACAACGUAAAAGACUGUGGGAAAAGUACAAGGCUAAAUCACGCAAGCAUAGACCAUCUACCGUGUUGUCCAGCGAUAUUAGCUACGGAUCGCACGUCUGUAUGAAAAAUAGCCCGGUUUAUCAACCAGGAGCCAUAGGAUUUACAAUAUCUAACGGCGUGCCAAAAGUAGGACAAUUGCUAUCAGCGGCGUGGAAUAUGGAUGCUACGUGCAGGUUUAAAAUAUUACCUGCUGGUGCACACUUGUCCAAUUCGAGUGCCGAUAAGCGCGAGUCUAAUGGAAACGGAGGCACGGGAGUUGUAAACAAACCGAAUCACAAAGAAACUGCCGACAGACUGGACAUGCCGCCUCCGCCAUCGCCAGCCUCGAGCACUUGCAGCGAUACCGGCAGCAUCACUACAAGCCAUAAGCGACAAAAACGCAUGGCACCUCGAAGCGAAGGGGAAUCUGAGAGAAAGGACGAAGAAGACUGGCAAUUGAAAGAUGUCGUUUUUGUUGAAGACGUCAAGACUGUACCUAUUGGGAGAGUCCUAAAAGUUGAUGGUUGCUAUGUGGCAGUGAAAUUUUUUUCGAAGGAUUCGAAAGAGAAAGAUACAAAAGAAAAAGAUUUUAACACAUCUGAUUUAAAAGAUCUUACAACAGAAGAGCCAAUGAAAUUAUUAGCUGAUUGUAGACUUUUGCGUAAAGAUGAACUUCAGGUGAUAAAGUCAUCUUUAAAUCCACGAGCUCCCGAUUGUUUCCAAAGAACACCUCGAAGAGUCAGUAUUGGAGAAGGUUCAAACGAUAGUUUGUUAACUAUAUCUACCGACGGACAAGGUAUUCAUGCUAUAUUAAAAAGUGGAAGUAAGUUGAGUUAUGUGGUUUACAGUUUAAGUACAGGAAGGUAUCUUCAAGAUUGUUAUAUUCCAUCUGAUAUAUCGUCAUUUUUGGGAUUGCAACCUCAGAAUAUUAAUCUUACAAAUGCAGGAGAGAAUAUUGAAUGUUCUAUGAUCUUACGCGAUGGUAACAAUACCAUUUAUCCAAUCGCGAAAGAUUGCGCCGAUGCCAUACGCGAUCCUAGUUGGUUGGAUCUAGUUCCCGUAAGCUGUAUUGGUGCGGCAACUAUUCCAAUUCCCAGUUGCUCCAAUUCAAGUAACUUAAAAAAUCAGGUUGCCGUUAUCGCAUUAGCAUUCGACAAUCUUUUACUUAUGCCGCGUAUAUUGCGAUGCGAUUACGAGAGUGUAAAGCAGGUGUUUUGUAAUUUGGAACAAGAUCUAAAGAGUAAUCUAACGUACUCGAAUGCAAACACUCAAAUUCAAAUGAUACUGAAAGAACGUUGUGAUGGAAAUCGAAAUAUAUUUCAUGCCUGUAUCAAUAUGUGUUCACCGACAUCUAAUAAGGAAACUGAACAAGUUAUUGAACGCGAAAUAGUAUCGAAUACAGUAGACGGCACUUCUGCGCCAAUCGAAGAGCCAAUUCCAACAUUGAGUUGGCCGCCCGAAGCGUUCGAUAAUACAUCAGGAGAAGAGGACAGUCUGUUAAGCAUAGGCGCUGCUAGUAUAUCUAUGAUGAAUAAGUCCGGAGUUGGAACAACAUCUAAUAACACGUAUAUUACGGAUUCUAUUGAGAGACGACAUAAUGCAUUGCUUAUAUUAAAAUACAUGUGUGAAAGUAACAUUUUAUCGCCACACUUACGAGAAUUACUCACAGCAAAAGAUGCUCAAGGACAAACACCACUUAUGCUCGCUGUUUCGGUUCGUGCGUAUCACGCAGCUCUCAUCUUAUUGGACACUAUACAAAGAGUAGGCAGAGAUGCGAAAGACACAUCAGCCAUGAUACUGCCGGCUGACGCCAGUCCGGAUCUUUCGCCGUUAUUUGUUACUUGUUGUAACGAUACGUGUAGUUUUACAUGGACUGGAGCUGAACAUAUUAAUCAAGACAUUUUUGAAUGCAGAACUUGCGGAUUAACAGGAUCUUUGUGCUGUUGUACUGAAUGCGCUCGUGUCUGUCACAGAGGUCACGAUUGCAAAUUGAAGAGAACUUCUCCCACAGCGUAUUGCGAUUGUUGGGAGAAAUGCAAGUGUCGCGCUCUCAUUGCUGGUCAUCAAGGUGCUAGAUAUGAUUUGCUGUGUCGUCUCGUAAAUAGCACCGAUCUUGCUACAAAAAUCAAUUCAAGAGGUGAAAGCAUCCUGUUGUUCUUAGUGCAAACAGUCGGAAGACAAUUGGUCGAGCAACGUCAGUUUCGAUCGGCACCUAGACAACGCUCAACUUCGGCUAGUCGUAAAGCUCCAACUUCGGACGAGUUGUUUUUUGCAGGUUUAGGAGCAGAGUCGGAUAUGCCUGAUCAUGAUUUGGAACCUCCUCGAUUCAGUAGAAAAGCACUUGAAAGAUUGUUGAACGAUUGGCCUGCUGUUCAAUGUAUGAUUAUGUCGGGUGUUUCUGAAAACGGUACUGAUCAAUUAUUCGGCGACCAAGGACAGCUUUGUCGACAAAGUGGUACCGCGCUGCUGGAUAAAUUCACGCAUUCUUUACUUGUUAAAUGCAGCGCAGAAAUGCUCGAUACGUUACUUACCACUUUGAUUCGAGAAUUGCAAGACGAGUCUGUGCCUGGACGACAGGAAGAAGCGAACAACGUGGCACGUCGAUUUGUAAGAUCUGUAGCACGCAUAUUUGUUAUUUUCACUAUAGAAAUGGCACCAAAUACAACCAAAAGAAGAAGCACAAACCAAGCGUCGCAACCUUUAAUGAAGUGUCGAAAAGUGUUCCAAGCGCUAAUUAAAUUAGCUGUAGAGGAAUUAUGCGAAACGGCAGAUUCGUUGAUAGCGCCAGUCAGAUUAGGUGUAGCUCGUCCUACGGCACCAUUUACUCUAACAAGUUCCGCUAUUGAAGUGAUCAAUGGUUCGGAGGAACUGUUUUCUAUAGAACCUCUGAUACCACACAGUGGUGUUACUUCACAAACAUUAGACGCGGCAUUGCAAACGCAGCAAGGAAAUAAUAAUAUAACAAUCUCAAGAGGAGAUGUUUCCGCUGUGGAUGAGGCUGAAGGUGGAGAAGAAGUACCUAUGGAUAUAGACGGCGAUAUAAGCGAACAUGAAGAAUCUGGUGUUUCUGGAACUGCCGCUAGUCAACCACUCGGUGAGGUAGAUUCAAACGCCGGGGGUGUGGGUGAGGAACAGGCUGGUGACGGAGAAUCAGACACGGAAUUGGAUCUCUUAGCGGAAGCGGAAACUGAAUCCGAUUCGGACGACAAUCAUAGCAAUCAAGACGCAGCGUCUGCGCAACGUAGUGUACAAACUGGCGCAACCGCCGGCUCCGACGGCGGAAUGGGAUCGAUAUUGUUGUUUCCCGAGGACGAGUCGGGAGAAUCGAGCCAACAGGAGGACGACGAAAGCGAAGCGGGAGAAACAGAUGAGCAAGAUAACGAAGAGUUCCAAAUUGGUGAUGAGCAAUUAGAACGCAGAAGUGGAUCGUCUGGUCAUUUACACCGUAAUAAUCUCGCACCCGUGUAUAUGCAAUGGGCGAUACGCAAUCGUGAAUCGAGUACGCGUACGGCGGGAUUACGGGUAACAGGUGGAAGUAAUCUGGUAUUCAUUGAUCCUGCAUCUUUAAGACGCACCACUGCCACGUCGGCUGUCGCGACCGCACAGGAACCUAUUACCAUGGGGACCACCGCUAGUUGUCUGGCGCGAGCUUUCGGAAUUGUUAUUCGUCAAAUUGCCGAUCUGUUGGUUAUGAUGCAGGAUUAUAAGAAUUUAGCACCCACCUUGCCGCGACUGAUGGAAAUCACUUUCCAGGACGCUUUGAGUUUGCAGUCUUAUUUGGAAGCGCACUUAAAGCCCACCUGGGACUGGUUGGUCACGGUAAUGGAUGCUACGGAGGCACAGUUGAGAUUCGGAGUAUCUUUAACGCGUAGCGCCGAUCCGACCCACCCCGAACAUCCUCUUAAUAACGCCCCAUCUCUGUCCGGUGGUAAUUUCAGCGGUUUGCUCAACACGGCCGCGCUCUCGUUGACUCUUCAAGGAAAUACAGGUCGGAAUCCUCGAAGUGGUAUCGCUACGAGCUCGAAUAUCUCCACUCCCCAAGCUUCAACACGACUCACCGUUGGUUUUGCAGGCGUUGGCGAGCCUCCGAGGAGCAGUAGGGAACGCGAAGGUGGCGACGCACACUCGGCGAGACGUGAAUUCUUAUCCUACUGUUUGUCAUUAAUGCGCGCUCACAACAGCGAGCAUAGAGACAGCUUACCAGUUCUAGAUGUUUCCGCUUUAAGACACGUCGCUUAUGUAUUCGACGCGCUUGUAUACUACAUGCGUUCUCUCUCAGAACCGCUUGCUAAUAGAGGCGAGACUCAAAAAGAAUCGUCAAGUUAUUCCAGUUGGAACGAUCAGGACGAAAACGAUAAUGACGAAAGCGAGGAAUAUAAUUCACCGGCACCAACCGCCAUGGAGACAGAUUCCGUGGAUUACCCGGACAUACUUCAAGUGCCCAUGUGCGGAUCCGGAAAUCACAGCAAUUCGACACCGAAAGGAAGGAAACAUCCUUUCUUACAAAGAUCAGAUUCCACAUUGUGCCUUGGUUGCCCGCCUCUAGAUCCAUUUGACACUGUAAUGAGUGAAGCGUUGCCGUUAGCUGAUCAGCCACAUUUAUUGCAGCCACACUCGAGACGGGAAGAUCUUUUCGGUAUUCCGAGACAACCGACUUCUAAUACAGGAUCUAGCCAAAAUCCUUUGGAAGGUUUGCCGACGAGAUUGGGUCUCUCCGCACGAGGUACAGACGGUCAGAACGUAACAAUUCCGACAUUCGGUCAAGUGGUACAAGGACCACUUUCGAAUUUUAAUCCAGAAUCUAGAAGAAACUCCGUCUCAACUGGAGAGAGUUCUAAUCCUAUCAAAUAUACGGAUAAAUUGAAAUCUAAUCACGCUAACGAAGGACAUUCGUCUGUCGUAGCAGAACAGAUUGACAGAGCACCCAUUAUAGUAUCUACGAACAAUCAAACCAGUUCAGCAACGAGCACCAAGAGCAAAGAUGUGUGCAAAAAUAAUAGAACCGUCAUAGUUAGAGCUGGAACUGUGUCGGAAUCGAACACAAGCAAGGCCGGCGCGCCUGAGAUACUGGUUGUUCCAACAGUCGAAAGCCAGAACUCGGAGGAAGUUGAUCCGGCCGCUACGAGCCAUGAGAUCUCCGCUCACGAAACCGUCGAAACAAGCCCAGUGGAAUCCGCUAGAGCGCUAUCUUCUAUCGGAACGAAUAUCUCGCAUAAUAUUUUGCUAGGACGAUGGCGAUUGUCGCUGGACCUUUUCGGACGCGUUUUUAUGGAAGAUGUAGGUCUUGAAGCUGGAUCCGUAGUAUCCGAAUUGGGAGGAUUCCCCGUAAAAGAAGCUAAGUUCCGCAGAGAUAUGGAAAAACUUAGAAAUUCACAACAAAAAGACAUCACUAUUAAGGUGGAACGAGAUCGAACGCAGUUAUUGGUGCAGACGAUGAAGGAGUUAAAUACACAAUAUAACAUAUAUAAUAGAAGAGCUUCGAACACACCGCCUCUGGCAGUGAGUCGAGUUAAAGUCUUCUUCAAGGAUGAACCUGGCGAAGGAGCUGGUGUUACUCGAAGUUUUUAUACCGCCAUUGCUGAAGCAUUGCUCGCAAAUGAGAAACUUCCAAACCUCGAAGCGGCUCAAGUAGGAUCGAAAUAUACGCAGUACAACGUUUUGCAAAAACUGAAAGGCAGGGACCGUGACCGCGAUCUUAGACGACAAAAUACACGGUCGUCUGGAAAGUGUCGUGAGACACGACGAGCUUUGUCUUUCGACGCACGUUCUUUCCAUCCAUCGAGUUCGAUUGAAGGAAAUAAUACUUCCGCACCUGGUAGCUCGUCAUCUAGUAAUCCUCAUCAUCCUCAUUCCUUGCCGAUCAAUCACUCCAACGAUCAUUUGAGCAUGCAUCAACAACAACUUGGUGACAGAUUAUACCCCAAGGUGCAUGCUUUACGACCAGCUUUGGCUGAAAAGAUCACUGGUAUGUUACUCGAAUUGUCACCGGCGCAAUUACUGAUGUUGCUCGCUUCAGAGGACGCUCUCCGUCAGAAAGUAGAGGAAGCGUUCGAAUUGAUUCACAGUCACACGCAAGAUCUGGCCAGCGAGGCGUUACUGGACCUCGAUGUGUUCAGCCUGACUGAACGAUGUACGGCGAAUAAGAAGAAAUUAGAAAACAGCAUUAUGGAUGAUACGGAAGAUAACGCGCCGCUUUUUUACUCUCCUGGUAAACGUGGCUUUUACACGCCAAGACAAGGCAGAGGUAGCUACGAACGAUUAAAUGCAUUCAGAAAUGUAGGAAGACUUAUAGGAUUAUGUCUCUUGCAAAAUGAACUCUGUCCGCUAUUUUUAAAUCGCCAUGUAAUUAAGUAUAUACUAGGAAGGCCUAUACGUUUCCACGAUCUUGCAUUCUUCGACUCCGUUAUUUACGAGAGCCUGCGACAAUUGGUUAUCGAUGCUGAAACGAAAGACAGUAACAGUCUGUUCUCUGCCUUGGAUCUCACAUUCAGUAUUGAUUUAUGUCCCGAGGAAGGAGGCGGCUCAAUUGAACUUGUGCCUAACGGCCGUGACGUAGAAGUGACUGCAAGCAACGUAUAUGACUAUGUACGUAAAUACGCAGAAGUUCGUAUGAUUAAGGUACAGGAUAAAGCUCUGCAUGCUAUGCGCGACGGAGUUUUCGAUGUCCUUCCCGACGGAGCUCUCGAUGGUUUGACCGCCGAGGACUUGAGACUUCUCUUGAACGGAGUCGGCGACAUCAACGUGUCGGUUUUGAUAUCGUACACGUCGUUUAAUGAUGAAUCCGGCGAGUCGACGGAAAGACUAGUUAAAUUCAAACGUUGGCUAUGGUCUAUCGUUGAGAAGAUGUCGCACGUGGAAAGGCAGGAUUUGGUGUAUUUUUGGACUGGUUCUCCCGCAUUACCAGCAAGCGAGGACGGUUUCCAACCGAUGCCGACCGUGACAAUUCGGCCGGCGGACGACGCGCACCUACCAACCGCAAACACGUGCAUCUCCCGGUUAUACGUUCCAUUGUACAGCUCUCGUCACGUCUUGCGACACAAAUUACUUCUCGCUAUAAAAUCAAAGAACUUCGGAUUUGUAUAGACUCAACUUUUGUGCGCGGCUACGUUUGUACGUAUAUAUACAGGGCAAAGUCACGUUAUUAAUAAUGAUAAUUAGAUCGAGGCUGUAUGUUGUUAUUUUUCCCUUUAAAAAAAAUUUUUAACAUUUAUAAAUUUAUAAGGUGUAAUUACGAAUUGAUUUUCUUGUUCCAGAAAAACAAUUUUAUCGUAAAUAGCUUUAUGUUACAUAAAGUGUCAUCCAUAUUUAGUCUUUAUAGCGACCAAAUAAAAAUUUUCUUUAAAACUA